AUGGGCUGCGGCGGGAGCCGGGCCGAUGCCAUCGAGCCUCGCUACUACGAGAGCUGGACCCGGGAGACCGAGUCCACCUGGCUCACCUACACCGACUCGGACGCGCCGCCCAGCGCCGCCGGCCCGGACAGCGGCCCCGAGGCGGGCGGCCUGCACGCGGGUGUGCUGGAAGAUGGACUGCCCUCCAGUGCUGUGCCUCCAUCUGCAGCGCCGGGGGCACUCUCUAACCCGGAGAAGAAGCUGAGCUGUGGGACCCAGUGCUCGAAUCCCCAGAGCCUCAGCUCGGGCCCUCUGCCCCAGCAGCAGAACGGCCUUCGGACCACGGAGGCUAAGCGAGACGCUAAGAGAAUGUCUACAAAAGAAGUCACCAUCAACGUUACAGACAGCAUCCGACAGGUGGACAGAAGUAGAAGAAUCACAAAGAACUGCGUCAACUAGCCAAGUGUCCAAACAUGAGGGCAGGUGGACUUCUUCGGUGACCUUCAUGAUAUUGAUUCCUGUCGAGGAAACUUGAAAACGUGGGGACCACUUACUGACCAGGAAGGCUGCUGAGUGCCUUGUGAGACCGUCUUAGCCCACCGCAAAUGCCUGCCUGAGCUGUUGGGGCCUCUGAGCCUCUUGUUUAGCACGUGAAUGCAUUAACAGUCCUCACCUUUGUGAACAACCUGCAAAUGUGCCGUUCAGUUUGCCUCUUUGCAUCUCCUGUAGUAGGGAGUAGGGGUACAGUGGUGAGCUGGAGCCACAGGUCAGUUUGUGAAAGAGGAAAAUAAGAGUGGAUUUCCUGGGUGAAAGAGUUGCACAUCAGUGCCAAGCUCUCCUGAGCACAGUAGUGUGGGUUUCAGGCAAGCUUACCCUUUCAUUCUUUAUUUUUAAACAUCACCAUCACAAAGCGUACUGUGUUCACCUAAAAGCUGGCUUUCAUCCAACUGUAAACCCAGAUCGAUGUGAAAUCAGGAAACAGGAAAAGUCCCGGUUAUUCUCAUUUCCUUAGCUCACAAUCAGACCAGAUCCUGUUUCACACACUAACUCCAGCAGGCAAGGCCCAUGGUGUGUCCUUGGGAAGUCUGUGUGAUGCUGUCACACCUGUUCCUCACCUGCCUCCAAACCAUAGGAUCAGUUUGUGGCAUCAUGUCAUAUAAGGUGGCCAUGCAUCCAACCUGGGACACCACUCAGGGCUCAGACAGACAUUGUGUGUUUCAUAGCUUUCUGGUUCCCUUUGCUUGUCUAGUAGUUUUCUCUCUCCAGUUGAGUCCCUCACAACUGUUAAUUGAAAACUAGACAUUGCUCACAGGAGAGAGAUAGUCUAGGGACCUGUGGCAGCACAUGGAGCUUCCUCUGUCCACAGCCCCAGAACUGGGUCAUUUUGGCAUCUGUAAAGGAACUACUUUAGAAAGACAGUACCUGGUGGACAUGUAUUCACAUUGAUAUUAGACUAAUGUGCACUGUGUUACAGAUCAGGUAGGUGACACAGUAAAAUGAUGUUCUGAUAGAAAAAGUUUUUCUAGCAUUUCCUUAAACAUGUUCAGCUGGAAGUAUUUUCUUCCAAAGUAACAUAGCAUGAUUUUUAAAGAACUGUUAACAAGUCUGGGAUUGGGAAAAGUAGGACUAAAGUUGUACCAAACUAUACCAAUAAACUCCAUGUUUAGCAGAAAUAGGCAGCUUGAUGGUAUGUGUUUAUGUAACAUAGUCCUGCGAACUGACCUAAGAGGUUAAAAUUCAGUUACUCAAUCCCGCACCUACUAACUCUGGUAUUCCUCAAACACCCUCCCUUCCUCCCUUCCUCCCUUUCUUCCUUCCUUCCUCCUGCUGAUAGAUUUUAUACUUAUUCAUUAAACAUUAAAUGCCCACUUUAUGCCAGUUACUGUGCAGGAUGUUGAGAGAUGUGGGGUCUGGCCUCUUGCGACCUUAUAUCCAGAAUCUACCAGUAGGCCUAACAAGUAGGACUGACUUAGCGACACUAUGGUGUAGUGUGUGUUGUGAAUUACUCUGCAAUGGAGUCUUGCUUUUAUAGUAGGGUAGAUGUGUGUCCUAAAUGACAGAUCUGGGUGUUAUCAUCAUUGUACAAGCCUUUACCAUACACAAAACUACAAGUUUUCCUAAGCCGCUAUCAUUUUGAUUCCUUGAGAAAGGGCUUUUAAGGACUUCACAUUCUGGAAAAAAAAUUAACUUUUAAUAUUUUAAAGCAAAACCUGUGACUCAUAUGUCCCUAGUGGCAUUACUCAGCAGGAGUCCCCAACUCUGAAGGUUGGCAAUGAUCCUGCAAGUUCAAGGGCUUGUUCUCCCAGGGCAUGUGUGUUUUGCUUUGUGUAAGGCAUUCUUUCACCAGUCGCUGUGCUGUGAGCCAUGGGCUAAGCCUAGUUUCUCUUUACACUCUGUUUUUGCCUCAGUUCACUGCUGCAGGUUAUUUGGAAUUCAGCAGCCUGAAGGCGGCUCUGUUUAUCCAGAAACACUUUUUCACCUCUAGAGGGGAAGGGAAUGAAGGACAUGUGAUCUGGCCCUCCCCAGAACCACCUGAGACAGUGACCAGAAGCUAAAUCAUGUUACUGGAAAUUCAUCUGGCAGCUUCUCCGUGUGUAUAUGAGACAGGCAUUGAUUCUUGCUAUCCCGUUGGGAAAACACUUUCCACUGCAAAGUUUGUGUCA